AUGCCAAAAGUCCAUUGUUUAGCUGAUAUUUGUAUGGUACCAAUUGGUACUGGAUCUGCCUCUGUGUCAGACUUUGUUACCUUAAUUGAGAAGAAAAUUCGUGAAAGUCCUUUGAAGAGUACAUUACAUAGUGCUGGUACUACUAUUGAGGGACCUUGGGAUGAAGUUAUGACUUUAAUCGGUGACUUACACGAAUAUGCUCAUGAAAAUGGUAUUGUAAGAAUUCAAUCUGAUGUCAGAAUUGGUACAAGAUCUGAUAAACCACAAAGUGCCCAAGACAAAGUCGAUGUUGUAUUGAGAAAAUUAAAGGAAGCUAAAUAG